UGUUAUUGUAAAAUUUAAAAGUAAGAUUUUAAAAAAUUUUAAAAUCAGAAAUUCGUUAUUCACUUUGAAAAGAAGUACAAAAAAAAUGAUUGUAAGGUGAUUAGCUGUUAAUACCUAUGACAAGGAGCUCCAAUAAACCGAUAACCAUGAGAAGAAAAAAGUUGAUUCAUUGUGGGAUCGGCAGGGUGAAUGGUUUGGUCCAUUGAUGAUGCAUCCGCGCGCGGCGCAGCAGGUGCAUAAUAAAAAUUCCUUGGAUUUUUUAGCCGGGCGAGCAGGAAGGAGUCAUCAGGUCUGGCAGGACCUUUAUCUUAAGCUGCUCAUCUCGGCCACUCACUCAGCAUCUCUCGAUCCCCAGCUCUCUUUCUCAUUUAUUUUAAUUUUUACGGCGCGCACCACUCAAUCUUUCACUCGCUCCGCCUAAUCUGAUUUGAGAACCAGGUGCCUUUGUUGAGCUGCUGCUGAUGAAUGACCCGCUGCAUCAGUUCGCUCCAGGUGGAUUUUGGCUCAAGGAAAAAUACGCACCCUCAUCAACCCGUGUGUGUGUCUCUUUUUCUCGUAUUUAUUCGAACGCGCCUCCACGGACACCCCGUCAAACAGCAGGGGCGGCAGAUAAAUUUUCCCUCUCGGCCCAUCAUACUUUUUUUUAUCACCAAUCAUUUACUGCUGCUUUUUGUUUGCUUUUAAAAAUCGCUUUUUCGGAAUUUGUUGCAUGAAUGGAAAACACCCACGCUUUGUCUUCGAAAUUCCUGGCAGCUCGUUUCUCUUCGUUAAGAGCCUCAGCAUUAAAUUCCAGUUGAAGGUUUUCUUUCGCAAGUUUCAAAAAUUUCCAUGAAAUGCAAAACGCACGCUUUUGUUAUAUGUGAUAUACUUUCCAUAUCCGAUGGCAAACGUAACUGUGUCCCACAUCCGUAACGGGGAAGAGCUGAAAUGAAAAUUGCGUCAGAUUAUGUGCAAACGUGCAUAGAGUGAGCGUGUCCUGUCCACCUCUCCUGUUGCGAAUUCAAGCAUAUUGAAAAUUCGCAACAGAAAGUAUUAAAUGAUGAGAAGUGGUUUGAUUUUUAUCACAACCGUUUUAAUAAUAUGGUCCAUUUCAAGUGAGGUAUGCAUACACCUUAUUUCAUAAUUUGCUCUGCUAUUUUAAAAUCAAUUCUGCUUCGAAAUAUUUUGUUCUGUCAGUGUUUUGAAAUUCACGGGAAAGAGACUCCGGUGCAAACAAAAAAUUUAAUCAACAAGACAAAAUUCAUUGCACCAGAAAAGGGAAUUAUGCGAAAAUCCGGCAGAAAUGUGAAAUCUUCAUCUCAGAAAUCAAAAAAGAAUAAAAGGCAGCUUGUAAUAAAAUGCUGCGGGGGGAAAUCAUGCACGGUGUUUUCAUCACAAAAGCAAAACCAGACAAUGAAGACUGAAAGCAGAAAUACUCGACAGCAAAGUACGGCUAAAGUUUUUGUCAAGCAGGAAUCAACGACAAUUGAGUCGCAAAGUCCGAAGACUGAAAUUAACUCGCAGACAGAACAGGUAACUGAAGGGACACAACCACAAGAAAUCGUCGAAACCACCUCAGAAACUUUUGAACAAACUACCGAAGAGGGACAAACUUUUACCGCAUCAGCUAUUAACACUGAUUUGCCAAGUGUGAUAUUGACUCAAGACAUACCCAGUAUCACAACCACAUUAAGUUUAAUUAGUGAAGUUGUUUCAACUACAACCACCACCAUUCCAACCACCGCAACCUCCACAGUUCCAAUCACAACCCAACCACCUUGUUCCUGUCCAAAGAACUGCGAUCCACAAAAAAAUUUGACAGACGCAGAUAACCAGAUCAUAGAUCCGGAAGUUUAUGGAGCAUGGGAAAAUGUUGGAAAUACAACAUUUAUUUUUGGAGGCGAGCCUAUGGUGUGGUUGAGUGCGUGGCAAAAAUGCUGCAGCCUUGGAAUGAAGCCUAUCAGCUUUGAAUCAAUUCAAAAACUUGGUUCUGUAGGCGAGAAAUUCAAAAAUUGGCCGCAUAAUUCAAGGUUCUGGACAAGUGGCACAUCAAUGGGGUGCACCAAUGGCACCUUUGUGUGGUGCGCAAAUGACAACCGAAAUUUUGAAAAUGGAAUGUGGCAUUCUAAGAAGCAACCGGCCGAACAGCAAGUUUCGGGGGACGUUUGCGUCAGCGCUUCAUUUGAAAAUGGUGCGUUUCUUUUGAGGGACCAAUUGUGCUCCAAACGAUUUGCUUUUGCAUGCGAGAGCUUGAUGCAAAAUCCUGGUGAGUUUCUGCAAAACGGAUGUCCUGCCUCGGGGCUUUGCAAUUCACAGGACGUUAAAAUACUUACCAGCAAUGGACUCACUCAAGAGACAGGGCCAAUGAAAGGAACGUUUCAAGCACGAUGCGGGAAAUUUUACUAUUUCUCAAGAGUGAAAAAAACGUGGGAAAAUGCAAGAAAUUACUGCUGCAGCAUGGGAAUGGAUUUGGAGAGCCUGUAUUUAUCUGAAAAGAGGGAAUGCAUAGCUCAAAUCUUUAGAAAAUUGCCAGCCAGAUUGAAUGAUACAGAUUCUUACUGGAGUUCUGGAAGAUCAACAAAAUACCCCGGAAAGCAUUUCUGGUGCUCGGCAGACAUGUAUUUUUAUCGGCAAGAGAUACUUUGGGGCUACGGAUUUCCGAAAAAAGAGCACGACUGCGUUUUCCUAUCAUUCAACAAAACUACAAAUGUCACUGAACUUGGAACAGCACCUUGCGAGGAGGAAAAAUUAUUUCUUUGCUCGGCAGGUUCAAACAAUAACACUGAAGCAGUAAAGAAAUGGUGGGAAUGCAAGGAAACAUACGGUCUAUACCAUGAUGAAGAAGAUAUACUUUUAACCUUCACGCCAACAAUGCCGGCGAAUCAUCUGCUUUGUUACGCGAGAUGUAUUGGCCAAAAUUACAAAAAAUUUCUGGACAAGAAGCCAAAUGGACAAAACAUUUUGAGACUUUUUGAAGAUGCAUUGAAAAAUGAAACUGAAUUGCAAUCGGCCUAUGCAGCCUACGAAAAGUGCACUAGCAUAACAAGCAACAACCGCUGCGAUUCUGCCUACCUUAUUUUAAGGUGCGUUUUAAUGACGCAAUAUCAGAUGGUCCAGUAUUUGAUGGCGUACACUAUAAAAACGGCCACCAACAAUUACUUUCCAUCUACGUUGAUGUGCGAGCCAAAUUAUCAGUACUGCGACGUUAAUUAUUUCUGCGCCAAAAAUAGCACUCUAGUAGAUCAGCUGAAAUCAGCAGGGAAAAAUGAAAUUGGAAAAUUAGUUACUGUGUCCAACGGUGCAAAAUAUUUUGUUGGGAGGAACAAUUCCGGCUUUCCAAAAUUGUCGUACGAGGUUACUUAUUCGUACUGCUGUUCUAUCGGAAUGAAGCUUUUAGAAGUUGAAAAUGUUACUGAACUUGAAGCUUUAUUGCUGCUUGAUCCAACUUUACGGCCUGAUAUUUGGACUACGGUUGGUCCAAUCAAGGAGAAUGAAAACGGAGAUUUGUCCUUCUGGUGUUCCUCGGGUGCGAAAAUACCGGAGACACUUUUUCCAAUGAAGAAAACGCCGACAGAUCCGUGCUACAAAUCAAGCAAAUGUUUAUUUCUACGAAUGAUGUCUGAAAAUAUGGCUCCGGAAAAUUCACUGCAUUAUAGUGAUUGCGAAUCAACUGCAGUUCAAUUCUUCUUGUGCAAAUAAUUUUUAUCGUUGAAAUUAUUGGCUUGAAAUAAAAUAGUCAGCAAAAAUCAUGUUCACGGAUAAUAUAAAAUUUCAAAUUUGAUCUUAUAUUGUCAGAGGAAUUAUACCGAUGAUAAAACCAACUAUGAGAUUAUAGAAAAUUUUCGUUUUGUCGACACUGAUUUAAAUUUUAGUUUGGAUUUUAUGGUAAAAUAUUAUGUAAGAUUUAUUUUUUAUUAAUGUGGAAACUGGCUGGGGAAAAAUUUGUUUUGAAAGCUUUUGUUUGUGACACAAUCUUUAUCAAUAAACACAAUUUAUUGUCAAAAUCUUGUAAUUUUAUCUAUCACAAGUAUUAAGAUUUGAGAACAAAACUGCCAAUUUUUUUUAUAGAAAUCAUAUUAAGUUUAAAACUUUCACGACGAAAACAGACUAUUAGUCAUAAACGAUCGAGGAAAUUUUGGAGGAAAACCUCAAAAUGCUCGCGCGGCAACCAUUCAAAUUAGCCACGGAUCAUUAUCAGCUGAGGCCGAGCGCGAUUAAAUUCAAAUUAAAAGAGCUGUGAAAUAGGCGUGCAAAGCAUUAAAUCUCCUUGUGGUGCUCAAAAGCGGUUCUUUCUCAAAGGCGAGAGAAGAGAUGAUGCUUGUGUGGCCAAUCGCUAAUAAGGCCGGUCUGCUACGUGCAUAUAUGGAUUUUAUAAAGUGUUGUACAUACCACACGUAAAAGCCAACGAAAGGGUUAAGUGGCUGUUAAUCACAAUCAAAAGGUAAACUUUUGCAUUUGUUUUAAUUCAAAAUUUUGAUACAGUCAUGUGAUGAGAUGGCAAAAAGAUAUUUUUAUUUUUUCAGUCUCUUAUUUGAUUAUAGUGAAAUUAUAUAGAAGGUAUUUUUUUAAG